CCUUCUAACCUUGACGUGGCACCAGCUCAUGGAGUCUCCUCUCUCAAUGCCCAGCAGGCUGUGGCAGAAGGGGAGCAGCUGUCGUGGCUCUCAGAGAAGAGACUCACAUUGCAGAGCCUGGAAUGUCUGCAGCGAACAGUUGCAAGGCUGGAAGAUGAGAAGGUGGAGCUGAAGCAACAAAAUGCUGAGCUCAGGAGGACUCUUGAGCAGGUGGAGCAUGAGCGGAGGAGGCUGAAGAGAUGUUUUAGGGGUCAGAUUCUCCCAGGUGCCUGUGGAUUGUCUCACUCCCAGUCUGAUCAGCACAAAGUGUCCGCCUCUAGACAGGAGGAGUCUCACGCUCACUGCAGUCAGCGAUUAGCUGAGUUACAGAACCAGGUGAGUAGAAAACCUCUGCUUAAAAGCUGCUGUGGCUCUACUGAUGGGCCCAGCUUUGCAGGAUGGUUUUGGUUGGCUGUCAGGAAGUGAAUGCUCCAGGCAGUGUCAGUCCUGCGCCCGUUGGCAACAACCAAACAGCAUCCUUCACCUCGGUCUUGUCUCCGACUUGCCUAAAGGUCAGGCAGGCUGGGAUAGGGGUGGUGGGAAA